ACUAAAUACAUUCACACACUCGUUCACUUCACCCAGAGCGGUGUACUAUGCCGCUCAACCUUCUCGGAAUAUAAACGCUAAUCUCAAGGAUCUCGGCUUCACUUUGUUAAACCAGGGCUGGUUUGUUGUGCUACUGGGAAAUUACAGUAUUUUAAAAGGAAGGGAGAAGCCAUGGCAGAGCACAUGAUGAUGCCCAUGAGCCACGGCCAGGCGAAUGGCAACCUGCAUGGUUACCGAAUGGGCAUGAAUGGCCAACAACAUGCUCCGCAACCUGGACUAAGAGCCAUGCCCAAUGGACAGAUAAUGCAUUAUGGGCCACAGGGAGCCAUGCAGCGGCCCAACAUGGUGAUGAAUGGGCAGAUGAAUGGAGGAGCGAUGGCUCAUCACCAAAUGCAGUCAGCCACUAUGAUGUACAACAACCAGGGUCAACAACAUCAACAGCACCAUAUGCACCAGCAGCACCAGCAGCAUCAUCAAGGCCAGCAGCAACAACAGCAGUACAUGUCUGGAGGCCUAAACUCUCAGCAGCUAAUGGCUAGCAUGCACCUGCAGAAACUGAAUACCCAGUACCAUGGGCACCCUCUCAGUGCCAUGAAUGGGCACCAUGUGCCAAAUGGAGCACCGUUUCGUAUGAGUUCAGCUCAGCUGGCCAAUGUGCAGCACAUGGGUGGUCCUGCACUGGGUCUGAAUGGCAUGGAUGCUGACCUAAUUGAUGAGGAGGUUCUCACAGCGUUAGUCAUGGAGCUGGGACUGGAUAGAGUGCAGGAGCUGCCAGAAUUGUUUCUGGGACAGAAUGAGUUUGAUUUCCUACCAGACUUUGUCAGCAAACAGCAGCCCAGCACAGUCAGCUGCUGAGGCGUACAGAAUGAGACACUGAAACGGUGAACGAUGCAGUAAAAAGGUGAUAAUUACCCUGUUCGUAGUCUUGGAGAGAACUGUCUCUGCAAAGUAGAGAAGAACAGGCAGAUGUUUUUCUGGUUCACUACUGGAAAGAGUUGUGGAGCUCCAGCUAGAGCUGUAUCCCUUUUGGGAUGGGGUAGUAAAAUAAUGCUCCUGCCCUUCCAGACAUGAAUGUAACAACAUUGCCGAACUAUGAGCUUGGGGCAAUGUUGUAACGCGCUCUUAGUUCUCAUGUCAGUUUUGCAUUCACAUGUAACUUAUUCAUGUUCAUUCAGUACCAACAUAGAUUGCAAAGCUUUGCUGAGGAAGUUCUGUGCAGGAUGUUGUGUUGCAGUUUUGAUUGGGGGAUGGGGUCGGGCUUCUAAAUUGUGUAACUCGAGGCUCCGCAGUCUUAUGGUUUGGUGUUGAACUGGCAGAUUCCCAUUUGUAAUGAACUGGUCACCAACAGUAUUAACUGGAUUAAGCAGCUAUGUAUGUGCUUCAUUACAUGUACCAAUCAAACCCAUAUGGAUAUAUUCCAGUAUCUAUUGUGGAUUUUGCCAUCAUAAAUGUAGAACUGCCUUAAUUCACAGUUUUUAUUUAUUUGUUUCAUUGACCUUUGAGGUUAAGGGGUUGAACAUUUUGGCUUUGCUACUUUUGUUAAUAAAGAUGGCCAAGUUUUCCAUUUGGCCUAAUUUUAUGUUCUCCUCUGAAUUUUCUGGAAUAACAGAUAAUGCUGCUGAAAUCAAUAAAUAGGCCAUGAGUUGCCAUCUCUCAUCCUUUUGUGGUAGAGCCUUUAACAGUGAUUUUUUUUUUUUUUUUUUUUCCUUCCUUAUUUUUAAACCAGGCAUGAUAUCGAAAGUGAUGCAUCUACAAAAAACUAGGCACAAGCCAUAUUGUCUGUCUUAUUCUGCUUCUACUUGACACCAAAUGGUAGCCACUAGUGUGCACUGAUCCUUUGCAUGCUAGGCAUAUUUUAAAGGUUUUAUAUCUUGUUCUUUCUGACCACUUAUCUGUUCUAUUGAUCAAACAUGAUCUAGGUGUAUAUCUUGACUCUGUGACCCAUAUCCAAGCAGAUUACCACAUAAUGUAUGUUUUUACUUUUAAACAAAUAGUAUAUGUGUGUUUUGGUUGGUGAGGGUGGGGGUGGUCAGCAAGAACAGUCCAAGUUAAUCUGUGCUUACCAUGACUACACAGGCUCUUCAUGCCUGUACAUUUUGUAUCUGAGAACAAAGAGCAUGGGCUCCGUUUAUGGCCACGUCCUGCUCGACCUUCUGGAGGGGGUUGCAAUGGCAAGCCGUUAACGCUCCUUUGUCAUUUCCUGCUUCUCCCAAAAAAAAAAAAAAAAAAACGGUGGGGGGACAACAGGGCAGAGGUUAUGUAGAUGCCAAUAACGAACAUACUUCUCCAUGGAGAGCAUGCAAGCAAGUAGAUGGUUUAUUUGAAGGCUGUCAGUUUUCGAAUCUAGAACCCUUAGAGCUUGUUUAUUCUACCCAGGUCAGCCAAUUUGUGUUGUGCUUGAGGGAUGAACUGUAAUGCUGUCACAAUGUACAUUUACAGUAGACUUACUAUGUGUAAUUGACUUUUCCUGGCUUGACAUUUUAUUCCUUGGGACGGCAUUUGGAAGCUAAGCUGACCCUGGCUCAUAGCUUCUUAGAUAUCAGGGUGGAUACAAUUGGUCCUUUGCCUUUUCCUCUUGCUUUUGUCUGAAGAAAAUGUAUUUAUUUUAAGCAAUAAUAAACUAUUUUAUUUAUGGAACAAAA